AUGGCUUUCUCUGAUAUCUACAAGUUUCUGAGUUCAAAUGAAAAGCAGUCAAAUGAGCAAGACGCCGUAAGUCUUUCAACCGGUUCUGAACAUCAAGCCGGUGUCAUUGAACUGGAUAAAAAUGUUAAAGAAAUCGGUAUUGUCUCCGCCAGUUUCCUUAUGCUUAAUAGAAUGUUGGGUGCCGGGGUUUUCUCCACUGGUUCUACUAUUUUUGCCCUUUCUGGAUCUGUUGGUACAUCCUUAAUGAUGUGGUUUGCCGGUACCAUUAUUGCAUUCUCCGGUUUAUUAGUUUAUAUGGAAUUAGGAUCAGCUAUGCCAAGAAACGGGGGUGAAAAGAAUUAUUUGGAAUACAUGUACAACAAACCAAAGUUUUUAAUUACUGCCAUGUAUGCUUCCUAUGUUUUCUUCUUAGGUUGGGCUGCUGGUAACUCAAUUGUUGUCGGUGAAUAUCUUUUAAACGCUGCUGGUAAGGAAGUUACCCAAUGGAAUUCUCGUGGUAUUGGUAUUGCUGUUAUCACCUUUGCUUUCUUAAUCAAUGCUAUUCAUAUCAAGACUGGUUUAUUCAUUGCCAAUGCUUUAGGUGUUUUCAAGGUCUUCAUUGUCUUAUUUAUUGCUAUUACCGGUUGGGUUGCCUUAGGUGGUGGUAUCAAGAGUAACAACUUUGAACCAACUUAUAAUUUUGUAGAUGCUUUCCAUGGUUCUACUCCAACUGGUUUUGGUAUUGUCAACUCCUUAUAUAACGUCAUUUGGUCUUAUGUUGGUUACUCGAAUGCUAACUAUGCUUUAGGUGAAAUCAAAAACCCAAACAGAGUUUUAAGAUGGGCUGCUCCAAUUGCUUUCGUUUCCUUAGCUGUUAUCUAUAUGUUGGUUAACAUUGCUUACUUUGCUGUUGUUCCAAAGGAAGAAAUUGCCGAUUCUGGUAGAAUCUUAGCUGCUUCUUUCUUCAAGUAUGCCUUUGGUGAUGAAGCUGAAAAGGCUGCUUCUGUUUUCGUUGCUUUAUCUGCUUGGGCUAACGUUAUGUCUGUCAUUUUCUCCCAAGGUAGAAUUAUUCAAUCCUUAGGUCGUGAAGGUUCAUUACCAUUCUCAAAAUUCUUUGCUACUACUAGACCAUUCAACACUCCAUUCACUGGUUUAAUGCAACAUUGGAUUGUCUGUAUCAUCACCAUUGUCGCUCCACCUCCAGGUGAUGCUUAUAAUUUCAUCAUGAACUUGAUUUCAUACCCAUUAAACGUUGUCAACACCGCUGUCGCUGCUGGUUUACUCUAUAUCUACUAUAAGAAAGCUAGAGGAUUAAUGGAAUGGAACCCACCUAUCAAGGCUUCUCUUCCAGUUGUUGUUUUCUUCUUUUUUGCUUCCUUCUAUUUGAUUGUUGCUCCAUACAUUCCUCCUAUUGAUGGUCAAACCGUUUACCACUCCAUGCCAUACUAUACUCACGCUGUUGUCACUUGGGGUGUCUUUGGUGUUGGUUUAGCUUACUGGUUGGUCUGGGUUAAGAUUCUUCCAUACUUUGGUGGUUAUACUUUAAUCACUAAGGAAGUAUUAGGUGAUGAUGGAUUCUGGAGAAAUAAGUUCUACAAGAUUUCCAAAGAUAGUGUAGAAUCAGAAUUACAUGAUGAUGAAUUAGACAAGACCGAAGUUGUCGGUUAA